UGUCCGAUGAAUGUACACAUGGCGCGGUAAAAAAGCUUGGUUUAUGUUUUCUUUCUUUUUCCUUUUUAUCUUUGACACACGGGAACAAAAGAAGCAUCUUUUGGAUUUGUGCUCCGACGAAACAACGAGGAGUGGUCAUUGUUGUUGUUGCAUCAGCAGCAGCCCAUGGCCAGCAGCAGGCUGUCUUCAUCCUCAAAUCACUUCUUUUCCUCUUCGCCUCUCAUCUCCAGCUCUAAUCUCUCUUGAAAUCAUCCUCCCCAUCUCUCUCUCUUUCUCUCGAAGCAGCUGCUUCAUCCAUCUCUUUCUCGCUCUCUAUCUUCCUCUCGACCGCUGUUGCUGCUACGGCUGCUGCAUUGCUACUAGGCAUCCAGUGUGGUGUUGGAGCAGCAGCAGCGGCGACGGAGGAAUCGUGGUGUUUCAGCAGCAGCAGCCGCCAAUCCGGAUCCGAGAGGGUGGUGGUGAUGAACCAAGCAGAUCUCCAACGUCGUGGUGGCGGCUGCAAGAAGAAGAGGCAGGGCUCGUCACCGGGUAAAUGCGGUAGCGGCAGCUGAAGAAAAUAGCGGUGCGGAAUUCUACACACAACCACACACAGAUGCGCUAUAUAUGCUGCUUCCAGUCCGAGGGAGGAGUAAGCUCUCCUAACUAGCUUCGCCACGGGCGGCGCGGCCACAACAACGCUCGCUCUUUCUCUGUCGAGCAGUGUUCAUGCUCCUGGGUGGCUCGCGGAUUCUAGCAUCGAUGCAGCCCGACAGUUUCAAGGCCGAGUCUGGAGGUGACGCUCUUGCAUUUGCAGCAGCGCCGCCAGGUCAGGAACCACAGCCUCCUCCUCCACCUCUCCACGACAGGCUGGUGGGAAGGCUCGCAAGCACUCCCACAAACGGGAUGCCAGGAGGAGAAGGAGACGAUGGCAAGCAGCAAAUCGGCAGCUUGGUGAUGGUGCCGCCUGGGAAGAGCAGCGGCGGCGCCGGCGGCGCCAAAUCCAAGACGGUACACUACCGCGAGUGUCUCAAGAACCACGCGGCCAGCAUCGGCGGCCAUGCGCUGGACGGGUGCGGCGAAUUCAUGCCCUGCGGCGAGGAAGGCACCAUGGAGGCUCUCAAGUGCGCCGCUUGCGACUGCCACCGCAACUUCCACAAGCGCGAGGUGGAAGGCGAGCCCCUCGUCUGCGACAUUUGCCACAUGAACAGGAGAGAACGCAACCGCAAGGCCGCCGCCAUCGCUGCUGGUGUUCUCCAGCAGCAGCAGCAGCAGCAAGGUGGUGGCCACACUCCAAGCGCACUACAGACCACUUGCAAUACUGCUGCUGCUACUGCUUCCGCCUUGCCGCUUGCAGCAUCCUCGGCGGCGUCGCUGGGGCCACGAACAGGCAACGCCCCCAUGAGCCUGUUGGCGCUGAGCAGCCGGGGCGAGGGCGAUCACCACGACAUGUCGCCACUGAGCAUGAAGAAGCGGUUCCGGACCAAGUUCAGCAUGGACCAGAAGGAGAAGAUGUACAUGUUUGCGGAGAAGGUGGGGUGGAGGAUCCAGAAGCAUGACGAGGCGGCGGUGCAGCACUUUUGUGCCGAGGUCGGGGUCAAGCGGCACGUCCUCAAGGUGUGGAUGCACAACAACAAGCAUACGUUUGGAAAGAGGUCGUCUCUCGGCAGUCCCUCCUCCUCAUCUAUUGGUGGUGCCAACGUUCCACCCGGUCCAGGUAGUGGUGCUGGUGGUGGCGCUGCUGCUCCGCCUCCUCCGCCGCCUCAUGAUAUGCAGCAGCACCACCACCACCACCAUCUUCUCUCCGAUCCAGCUUCGGUGCUCAGUCCUUCGCCUCUACACCAACAUCAGCAGCAGCCCUGAUGAUAUAUUUCAUCCGAACCAUACGCGUUUUAAAACACGACGCUCGGGACAACCCACACACUAAAAACCUUACUGAUUAUGUUUUCAAUUUGUCAGCAGAGCAGCAGCCUGAGCAGCGUUGCAUGCAUGACGACCGAUUUACAUUCUUGUCUAUCUCCCUGGUCUUCCUCUCUCAAUUUCCACCGUUUCUCUAAUCUACCAGCUGCAAAAGCCCGAAUUCUUUUGUCUAUUUGAAUUCGAUUCGACAUUCCGGUCUCCCGUUGUUUGCAAGUCAAUCAAUAAUGUAUCCAGGGGCGCCUUUUGAAA